UCUCACGACCAUCAUCCCAUUGCGCGCAGCACACCGUCACCUCACUCCACGCCCGUACGGCACACGUCUCUUCGCUUUCGCCUGCCUCUUCUCGUAUCAGCGCGCUCUGGGCCACUCGCGCAACAUGGCGUCCGCCUCGCGCCCGUCCGGCGCACACGAGUAUCGCGACGAGCUCGCCUCGCCCUCCGACGACGACAUGGGCGACACCUCGGAGCAGCAUCCCGAGCCCAGCAGCCGCGGUCCGCCGCGCAAGCGCAACCGUGCAGCGCUGAGCUGCACGCUGUGCAGACAGCGCAAGGUCAAGUGCGACCGCGUCAUCCCAUGCUCGCAGUGCGUCAAGCGCGGAGACGAGCAGUACUGCCAUCUCGACCCGCACAAGAAGGGCCCGUCCAACAGCGCCCGUCCAAGCGGCGAGCAUGCACACGCGCGAGCUUCGCACUCCCACCCGCACACGUCGCAGGCGCCUGCCGUGCCCUCGACGCUCUCGCCUGAGCGUCAUGGCGUGCACUCCGCGCACGCACCGCCGCCGCCGCAGCCGCCGCGACGCAGCGAGCAUGCGUACUAUCCUUCGUCUAGCGCAGCACCUACGCUUCCGCCCGCGGGCUCGCCGGCGGCCGCAGACCCGUACGAGGUAGCGGCGAUCAAGCAGCGCCUGGCGCAGCUCGAAGCGGCGCUUGCGGCGCAGGCACCUCGCAUGCCCGACGCGGCCAUGGCGCCGCAGCACGGCUACGAGGCCGCGUCGGGCCCAUCGCGCUUCCCUCUCGCCUCUUCGGCAUCGCAGAGCAGCUUCGUUGCGCCGGGCGUCUCGCCAUAUCCCGCGUCGCCGCCUGUGAGCACAGGCUCAGGCGCACGAAGCAGCGCAUCAGCGCAGGCGCCCGGCUACUGGCCGCAGAGUCUCUUCUCGCAGCACGACGGUGUCACGCGUCUGCCACCGCUCGGCGCGCCCAGUCCCGGCGGCGGCACAGGCAGCAGCUUCCCGUUCGACGCGCGCUUCGGACGCAGCCAGAGCGUCGCCAGCUCGAACGGCACGGCGCCCAGCACUCGCACCGGCGGCGGCGACGAGCGCGCUGCUAGCCAGAGCAGCCGUGCAGGUGAGUAUGCUGCAGCCGCGGCGGCGAUCAAGGGCGACGUCGACAGCGACACGGAAGAUGCGGCGCUCGUGCUCGAAGGCCUGGCCAUGGGCGGUCGCAGUCGCAACGGACCCGGCCCGCCGUGCCCAGCGCAGCAGAGCAAGGGCCGCGGCGUGGUGCCCGACGGCGCAGCAUCGGUCCGCUGCCCGCCCGAGGAGGACGUGAUCCGCCGCAAGCCGCACCGCGUCAUCCAGGACUUUGUGGAUGCCGACAAGAGCGUCGACAUCAUGUCGACUGGCGUGCUCUCGCGCGUUGGCGUCGAUGCGACCAUGACGGACACGGCCUCGGUGCCGGACGAGGAGGAGAGCAAGGACAAGCCGUCCGCAUGCCCGGGCGAGGCGGGCGGCGGUGGAGGCGGCAAAUGUCCGAGCCAGGCAGAGAUUGAUGAGCUGAAGGACCUGCCGUUGGAUGCGACGGUCGACAAGCACGGCAAGAGCAUCUCGCCGGCAAAGACGGUCUGUCGACUGCUCUCGUCGAAGCCCGACACGCUGCUGCGCCUGGUCAGCGGCCCCGAGACGCACCUCGGAUGGGGCAUCGGCUGGGCGUUCACGGCCGCCGAGGCGGCAGGAGAUCUGCUCAGCGUGCAGAAGCUCAAGGGAUGCCCGGGCGCCCAACAGCGCGAGGCGGUGCUGCGCGCCAUCAUCCGUAGUCUGCCGUCUAAGGAGGUGGCGGACCACCUCGUCAACGUGUAUGACUCUCGCGUCAAGGUCAUGGCCGGCAUGACGAUCCACAUGCCAUCGUUCCGCAAGGAGCUCGACGCGCUCUACGCGCUCGACUCAGUGGAGAAGAAGGCGCGCGUCGUCAACAUCGUCGAUCCUGGAUGGCUGGCGCAACUGCUCAGCGUCUUUGUGCUGGCACUGCACUUCCAUCCUUGCGAAGAGUCGCCGACGAGGAACCUCGUCAUGCACCUCUUCGACGGUCGCACGGUGCAUCUGUGGCGUUCCGCCGCCCAUACCUGCCUCGUGCUGGCGCGCUAUCAGACGAGCUCGUCGCUCGCGGUGCUCGUCACCAUCAUCCACCUCAAUUUGCACUCGGCGGGCAGUGGACGUGACGACACGCGCUUCCUCUCGAUUGCGAUCUCGAACGCCCGCGAGAUGGGCCUGCACCGCCUCAACAUGAAGGAACGCCAGCCCAAGGCGGGCGAGGAGCUCGGCGUGCAGAUCCGCCGCGAGAUGGCCAAGCGCAUCUGGGCCAUGCUCGUCAUCAAAGACUGGGGCAGCGCCUCCAACGAGCACAACACGUACGCGAUUCACCCUGAUCAGUACAACACGCCGCCGCCGCUGAACCUCAACGACGACGACCUCUGCCAGCGGCCGCUGCCGGCCGAGCACCCGCUCAGCGUCUACACGGACAUGAGCUUCAGCUUGAUGCAGCUCAAGAUCUCGCUUGUGGUGCGCGAGCACGUCGACCUGCAGAACCGGCGCGAGCGCGAGGGCAAGAAGCUGUCGCACGACGACAUUGAGCAGCUCGACGCCGCAUACCGACGCCUGCUCAGCAGCGACGACUGCGCCUUCUACCGCGUGGGCAGUGACGAGGGCGCCGGCACGCGUCUCGAGGUGGAGCGCUUCCUUGUGCAGCAGAGCAUCUUCCAUCGCCUGCUGCGUCUGCACCGGCCUAAUCUCAGUUCGUCGCGCUCCAGCUGCGUGCUUCUGGCGCGCAGCAUCCUCGACCUGCAGCGCCGCAUCCGUCUGCGCUGCAGCAUCGUCGACCGCCUCUUCCUCAACCUCGGCCAGAGCUUCUCGGCGGCCGUCGUACUUAUCCUCGACCUGCUGCAGACGCGUCCCAAUCCCUCGAUGCGCGACCUGGUGCGCGGCGAGGUCGGCGAGGCCGUCAAGGCGCUGCGCCACGUCGCCUCGGCGAGUCACACAUCGGAGCGCAGCAUCCGCGUGCUCGAGGCGCUGCUGGCCGAGGAGCAGGCGCGCUGGGACGCCGGCGACAAGAUCGGCGCAGAGCAGGCCGUCGGCGCACAGAAGCGCAAGCGCGACGCACCCAAUGGCCAGCGCAAGAAGAACCUGCUCUCGCUGGCGCUGCGUGUGGCGCGCGCCGCCAACGGCCAGCAGCUGCCCGAGGACGUCGAGAUGGCCGAGGUGGCGGCGCCUAGCGACAGCAGUGCGACAAACGACGCCGUGGCGCAGAAGGACGCGCAGUCGCGCGACCUCUUCGAGCAGCUCACGCAGGCCAACCCACGCCCGUACGAGCCGGCGUCGUUUGCGCACUUUGACGAUCCCAACGCGAGCUCGAGCUACAUGCCCGGCCUCGACUUCCUGCCGCUGACGCCGCCCGACGGCGAUCCGUUCGACAUCACAAAGUUCCUCGCCGAGUACGACUCGCCGCCCAUGAGCGAUGCGGCGAGCGCCCAUGGCUCGACGCACGCGCCCGGCAUGCAGCACAACGACUCCUUCGUGAGCAACAACAGCAGCAACGGCGCCAUGCACAGUCGCAGCAGCUUCGGCGACGGCGGCAGCAGCAGCGGCUUCGACUUCAGCGGUGCCUCGGCUCAACACUCGCCGCAGACAAGCCUGGACUCGGGCGUCGGUGGUGCACCUAAGAGCGCCUCGCCGACGAACGGCAGCGGCGACAGUGCGGCCGAUGCGCUGUGGGCUUGGAUGUUGACGCAGGGCGUGCAGCCCGGCGGACGCCUCGAGGCUCCGCAGCAACAGGCGCCGCAGCCGCCCCUCGGCCAGCCCAAGUGGCAGGCGCCUUCGGCGGCGCAGACGCAAGCUGCUCGCAUGCCCGGCCCCGCCAGCAUCGCCGAGUGGGACUUCGAUGCGCGUGCCGCCGCCGAGGCUGCAUCUCGCGCCGGCGUCGCCACCUCAUCGGCGAUGAGCGCGCCCAACACUGCUGCAGCCGACCUCAGUCUCGCCGCCGCGCCUUCGCCUGCGAGCCUCGCCAACAUCUUCGCGCACAUCGGCGGUGGCGAUGCGACGACUGCGCCGUCGAGCAGCCCGCUCAAACGCACCAUGGCGACGACGCAGGACCCCGCCUCGUUGCAGGUCAGCACGCCGAGCGCCAACCUGCCCGGCUACAACCCCAACUACCUCAGCACACCCGGCGGCUGGGAGUUCAGCUUCGACCUGCUCUCAUAGGCGCCAGGCACCUCGCUCGUCGACAGUCACCGCUUCUUAUCUGAGCCGUUGCUCCUCUCUCUCCUCAUGUUCGCAUCCUCUUCUCCUUCGCGGCCGACCCGCCGGCCCUCUGUCUUUCUAGUCUCCUCUGCCUGUCCGCUAUUUCCGCUGCGCAUCUUUCUGUCGCAACCGCUGUCCUCUCUCUCUGUCUUUGUACCAACACCUUCGAAUCUGACGGUCC